AUCUUUGCAUCUUCCAUUGUGUCGAGAAGGUUAAGCAAUCCCUACACUCUGCCGUGCGGGCACACUUUCUGCUUGAGGCCCUGCCUAUUGUCAAAUACCAAUGCCACGAAGUCGUAUUGUACCCACUGCCGUGCAACAUAUGAUGUGGCUGAACUACGCCCUAAUUACGCUGUUUUGCUCCAGCUUAAUCAGUUGUCUCGCCAACAGCAGCAGCAACAACAACAACAGCAGGUUCGUAACCAGAUCCAGGCGGAGGACCAAAAUCGAGACAGCGGACAAGACCAAGUAGAGGGACAUCAGGUAGGAAUUGGAAACGCGGCCCUAGCUUACUUUUUCCGUUUUAGUUGUCAAGAAGAAGACAGGAGUGUAAUUAAUGAUGCUUCCACGUCAAAACUGAUAUUCAUCAGCGGUAUCACCCCGAAAAUAACGCGUAAAAACUUAAAGGAGUACUUUUCGCGCUACGGAACUGUAAAAAACGCAUUUAUUUCACCCCACAAACAAUUCGGCUCUGUUACGUUUGAAAGUGAGGCGUCUGUGCGCAAAGCUCUCUCUGAGCCCAUACAGUUUAUCUGUGGUAACAGGGUUGGAGUGAAAGAGUACAUCAACAAGAAGAGGUAUGACUUCUGUUACGUUGGUAGUUGCGAAUCGCAAUCGCAGGGCGGGACGACGCCUGUGCCGGACUUGGACUUUUCUUCGGGAAUCCCGUUUGUGUCUUCAACAGUAACUGCACCAAUUUCUGAACCAUCUCCAGAGGAGCGACAGAAAAUUUUCGUUGGUGGUAUUUCGCAUGCCACAACAGUAGAUUCUUUAAAGGCAGCGUUAUCAAAACUGGGUCCUAUUAAGAAGGUCGAUGUUAAUGCCGAAAGGGGCUUUGCAAUAGUCGUGUUUGAUCGACUCGAGACGGCUGAAUUAGCCACUUCUGUUCACUGGCACAUGGUCGAUGAUGCUCUGGUGGAAAUGCAACCCUUUAUCCCCAAUAAGACUACUAAAAAGUCUGCAGACUAUGGGAAAAAACUCAAUGCCAUAGGUGCUCAAGACCCUCUCCACUCCUUGCAGCUGAAGCAGGUGCAGAAGCGGAAGCGGAAGGGACGGAAAUACCUCCUAAUGCUGCGUCACAAGAUGAAUGAAAUAUCCCGCCAAUUUGAAACCUUAAAGCUGAAAUAUCCUGCUUUGAAGGAGCAAAAAAAGGCUAAGGAAAAAAUUAUUAACGCCUUGGAUGAAGUAACGCAGCAGCUGUCCCUGUCUGCCAACAAAGCUCUGAAUUUUGCCAUGGCUGAACUGGCGACGCUGAAUGAGAUCGGUGAGAAGAGACUAGGUCCAAUUAUUCGUCAAAUCGGAUUUCUCUCUGACGAGAUGGAAAAGGUGGAUGAUGAGUACGAAUCGAUGGACGAAAUUACAGAUUUGCGGGAAGCACUGGCAAAACGAAAGUCUUUACAAAGGCUCCCUGUUAAGAUUGCACAAUUGGAGGUGAUGAUAAUGGACCUGCCACCUCUACCCAUAACGCAGAUGCAGGUAUCCGAUCUAUCUGCUAAGAAGGUACUGGAAGACUGUUGUAUUCCUCUAAAUGUAGCAUGUCCUUCUUGGAAAGAGGUUAGUACUAACAUUGCUGCAGCCUCCAAAGAUGGUAGCAGUGGGAUGCUGUUGCCGGGUGUAGAUGAUGCUCAUGACGAGUGCAUUGAUUCUGUAUAG